GUGUGGAUGCUAUUUUGUUGUUCGCCUCUGGUCCAGUUCGUCACAUUUUUGACAGCUCCCCUGCCAUUGAGUGGAAUAAGCAUAAUUUUUUCAAAGCGAUUUAUCUCGGUUUAAAGCUAGUGCAUUUUGUGUGAAAAACAUUUGCAACGGUUGUUUGUCAUAAAAGGAGUACAAGUUUGAUAUUUUCGACAGGAAUAAUUGUGAAGCCUUGCUGGUAGCUGGCGCUGAAAUACCUACUCUCCGCAGGCAGGAGUAGCGAGACUCGAAGUGGUGAAAACUCGGGAACAGUGCGUGUGCAGUGUAGCAGGCGAUCUCAGCAAGCCCUGAUUGAGUUUUCGGUCGGCACUAGGCAAAAAGAAAAACUUCAACAAAGUGGUGCGCUUUUUCUUCCACGAUUGCUACAAAAGGCAUCAAAAUUGAGGAAAUAGAGGAAAUCGUGGAGACCGAGGAGGUCAUCCUCUCUCCAGAUGAAAUGCAACAUGAAGAAUACGAAAUUACUUCUGUUCCGAUAGAAACAACUCAAACUGUCAAACGCACCGACAUCCGUGACUUGGCUCGAGAAGCCAAUUAUCAAGCAAAGUUGCUGCAACAGGAAAAUGAUGCUCAAGAGCUCAAUUUUCAACCGGCGUCAAGCGCAGAUGAUACGGAAGGCUCCGACCAAGAGCAUACUAUGGGCGAGCACAACUUUAGUACUGAGCAUGAGGGCGAUUCGCUUAAAAUGGAAGGCAUUAGUCCGAAUGAACUUUCGGCUAUUCGCAAGCGGCGGGGCAACUUGCCUAAACAUUCGGUGAAGAUAUUAAAACGCUGGUUGUACGAGCAUCGGUACAACGCUUAUCCUAGCGAUGCGGAAAAGGUAACGCUUUCCCAGGAAGCGAAUCUGACCGUACUUCAGGUUUGCAAUUGGUUUAUUAACGCUAGGCGCAGGAUUUUGCCGGAAAUGAUAAGGCGCGAGGGCCAUGAUCCUUUGCAUUACACCAUUUCACGACGGGGAAAGAAAUUGAAUAAUCAACUGGCCACUAUGCACGCUCCCAACCCGAUGUCGAUGAGUCUCGCGUCUGAAGUUAUUGUGGGUGCCACCGAGGAAAUCAUCGAGGAAGAGGAAGUCAUUGAGGAGGGUGUACCUAACAUAAUUACUUCCAGCAUAGGCCAGCAGUAUGUGCAGACACCUAGUGGACUGGUCAAAGUGGAGGAAGAUGUAGAUUUCGAAGACCAUAUUAUUUAUCGGUCGGACGAAAGCAAUAUCGAAUACGAAUACCCUGAGGAAGAAGAAGAACUUCAAACUGAACAAACAGAAUGGGACGGCAUUAUUCGAUACGCGAACGAUAAGGAUGAUGAAAUUCCGGAAGAAAUAACGGAAGAAGAAGUAAUUGCAUCUGAUAGUCCUGUGAAUGAAUAUUUCACCACCAGUCACACCAAUGCCACCACCCAUCAGUCACAAUUGUCCCAAACGCAGAGCACAGCCAACACAACCGUUCCCUUCGGUCUUUCCCGAGUUCAAAUUGUCACCAGCUCGGCCAAUUCCGCAUCAAACCCAAUAGUAGCAACCGUUAAACCAAGUACUGCUACAAUAAUCACGACACCUAUCCAGGUGGCAAAAGGGACAACAGUAAAAAAGCUAUUCACCACACCCGUGCUGGAAACGAACGCCAAAACAUCAACUCCGACGACGACGGUGACGGCCGUAUUGACGCCAGCCAAUUCGAACAUCAAUAAUAAUAACAAUAAUAGCAGCAGCAAUAACAACACUCAAAAUAACUCGCAACACACCACGACAGCCGUCAAAGUUAAAGGUGUGAUUCGUGACGACAAAGAUCAGUUUAAAUGUCUCUACCUGCUGGUGGAAACGGCCGUCGCUGUGCGCCAGCGAGAAAAGGAGCAGGACGACGUACACGUACUCGGCAAUUAGGAGGACGGUAAGCAAAUAAAUGUUGGACCACCUUCGUCUGUCACAAAAACAAACAAAAAAGGGCGCAACUCUUCUCCCUCUCGCUAUACAAACAACCGCAACGGUAAAGCAACAAAGCACCCACAACAGGAUGUGGUUGAAGCAAAAAACUAGUGGAAAAUUCGUUAUUUUUUUUCUAUAAACUUGCUAUAGAAAACGAAGAAAAAAACCUUGAAGAGAAUUUUAUUACACUAUGUAGGAGCAGAUUUAAGAUAGGUGAUAAUAUGAAGUAAAUUGCGUUCGUCGAGGAAAUCAUGAAACACAGAUACACCCCAGCAUAUAAUUCAGAAGGUAAAUCCUGUAAAUACAUAAACUUACUUUGAACCACAGCACUUGCGAAAAUGCGAAAAAGGAUCAUACAUGAUGUGAAGAAAUUACUAUUAAUGAUUAAAAUUAUUACUACUAGUUUGUAAGACAGCAGAGAGCACACAGAAGGCAAAUGAGUAAAUUCAAUUAAUUUGAAAACUUUUUAAAACAACAGUUCCGUUACUCAAUUUAGUUCUAUUAUUUGCAACACCACAGUACGCAGUGACAACUUUUAUAAGUCUAGAAUGAAGUUAAAGGCAAUAACUUUGAAUGCUAACGUUGUCGAAAAUGUGUGUAUUUUUCCUUAUUGAACAAACUUAAAAACCGAACGACGAAAGUAAGACCUGGAGGGAUUCUAAUAGCCGUGCGAUAUCGCUGGAAUCGUAUGAGAUGGAAAAAAACAUGGUUUAGAUAGAUAAUAAUGGUUUUGCGUCGUGUGGGGAAAUUCAUGCUAAGUCUCUUCCAUUAGCUACUUCAGUGGCGUUACAUUUUACAUUCGUGUUCGUGGACCUGGUGUUUUGUUUUCAUUUAUGUAUUCAUAUAUUACUAGCGCAUAUUUCUAGGGAAAACAGUUUGACAUAAAAAAGCGAUAAUUAUACAGUGUUAGGCAUUGGCUUGUUUUUAGUUGUUGAACAAUUUGAUGAUGAAACCCUGAACGAGCGAACGAACGGGUGCGUACUGUGCAAAACCUAAGACCAUCCUUACGCCAUCAAUCAGUCAUGUAAAUGUAUAUUAUUCUAGAACAUCAGGCCAAACCAGCUUUUGAGAUCUUUCUGUGCUUUCUACAUUCACGAUUUUUUUUUUACGUUCGACUUGAUUUACUUAUUUAUCGUCAUUUGAUAAACUCUGUCAAAAUCUAAAAAAGAAUUUUGGUUCAGUUGAAAAAGAAACUCUCAUAAUUAAGUACGUUUUAUAAAUAAAUGUAAAAAACUCUAUUAUAUAGAAA